CUAGCCCACAGUCUCGCUGCCCUGAGCCUCCCGUGCCGGCCGGCCGGCCGGGCGGACAGGCGAGCGCGCGGGGGGCGCGCGGGGGGCGGGGGGAGUUCCGGUUCCGGUUCUUUGUGCAGCUGCAGCAGCGGCUCCGGGGAAGAUGGCGGCCCGGGCGGGUUUCCAGUCUGUGGCUCCGAGCGGCGGUGCCGGAGCCUCAGGAGGGGCGGGCGCGGCGGCUGCCCUGGGCCCGGGCGGGACUCCGGGGCCUCCCGUGCGAAUGGGCCCGGCGCCGGGUCAGGGGCUGUACCGCUCCCCGAUGCCCGGGGCGGCCUAUCCGAGACCAGGUAUGCUGCCGGGCAGCCGAAUGACACCUCAGGGACCUUCCAUGGGACCCCCUGGCUACGGGGGGAACCCUUCAGUCCGACCUGGCCUGGCUCAGUCAGGGAUGGACCAGUCCCGCAAGAGACCUGCUCCUCAGCAGAUCCAGCAGGUCCAGCAGCAGGCGGUCCAAAAUCGAAACCACAAUGCAAAGAAAAAGAAGAUGGCUGACAAAAUUCUACCUCAAAGGAUUCGUGAACUGGUACCAGAAUCCCAGGCCUAUAUGGAUCUCUUGGCUUUUGAAAGGAAACUGGACCAGACUAUCAUGAGGAAGCGGCUAGAUAUACAGGAGGCCUUGAAACGUCCCAUCAAGCAAAAACGGAAGCUGCGAAUUUUCAUUUCUAACACUUUCAACCCGGCUAAGUCAGAUGCCGAGGAUGGGGAAGGGACGGUGGCUUCCUGGGAGCUUCGGGUAGAAGGACGGCUCCUGGAGGAUUCAGCCUUGUCCAAAUAUGAUGCCACCAAACAAAAGAGGAAGUUCUCUUCCUUUUUUAAAUCCUUGGUGAUCGAACUGGACAAAGACCUGUAUGGGCCAGACAACCAUCUGGUAGAAUGGCACAGGACCGCCACUACCCAGGAGACAGAUGGCUUCCAGGUGAAGCGGCCGGGAGAUGUGAAUGUGCGGUGCACUGUCCUGCUGAUGCUGGAUUACCAGCCUCCCCAGUUUAAAUUAGACCCUCGCCUGGCUAGGCUCCUGGGCAUCCACACCCAGACCCGUCCAGUGAUCAUUCAAGCACUGUGGCAGUAUAUAAAGACACAUAAGCUCCAGGACCCUCAUGAGCGGGAGUUUGUCAUCUGUGACAAGUACCUUCAGCAGAUCUUUGAGUCUCAACGUAUGAAAUUUUCAGAGAUCCCCCAAAGGCUCCACGCCUUGCUUAUGCCACCAGAACCCAUCAUCAUUAAUCAUGUCAUCAGUGUUGACCCAAAUGAUCAGAAAAAGACGGCUUGUUAUGACAUUGAUGUGGAAGUGGAUGAUACCUUGAAGACCCAGAUGAAUUCUUUUCUGCUGUCUACUGCCAGCCAGCAGGAGAUUGCUACUCUAGACAACAAGAUCCAUGAGACAAUAGAAACUAUCAAUCAGCUGAAGACUCAGCGGGAGUUCAUGCUGAGCUUUGCCAGAGACCCUCAGGGUUUCAUUAAUGAUUGGCUUCAGUCUCAGUGCCGGGACCUCAAGACCAUGACCGAUGUGGUGGGCAACCCAGAGGAAGAGCGCCGAGCUGAGUUCUACUUCCAGCCUUGGGCUCAGGAGGCCGUGUGCCGAUACUUCUACUCCAAGGUGCAGCAGAGACGGUUUGGAGCAAACUCUCCCUUCACUUGUUGCCCUCUAGUACUAAAGGAACCCUGGCUCUCAAGCUCCACUGAGGCCCAGGCUCCUGCGAGCACCUCCCCCAGCCCGGUAUCCCUGCCUGUUCCACGUUGGGGACAAUUUUCUUCCUGUCUCCUUCCUGCUCUUAUCCCACCCCUCCCCCGAAAGCUCCCCAGUGACACUGGACAACCUCUGUUCUUGGGGCUGGAACCAUGAGAAGGAAGCUCGGCACUCCUACACAGUGUCCCUGUAAAAGAUAACUUUUUAUUAACUGAAUUAUGUUUUUUUCAUGGACCAAAAUUUUUUUUGUACUGUCCCCUUAUCGAUGUCACCCAGUUUUAAUAAAAGAAUCUUCUGAAAGAUGGGUCCCCUUACCUCCUGAGGGAGAGCUCUUCCCUGAGCUUUUCUCUCCAGUGCUUUUAGCCAUG